AAAAAGGAAGUCAAAAUGUCGAAGCUAUCGUUCCGAGCACGCCAUCUGGAUCCGUCCAAGCAGAUGCCCAUCUACUUGGCCGAGGAGCUGCCCGAUCUGCCCGAGUAUUCAGCCAUAAAUCGUGCCGUGCCCCAAAUGCCCAGUGGCAUGGAGAAGGAGGAAGAAUCGGAACAUCAUCUGCAGCGGGCAAUCUGCACGGGCCUCAUCAUCCCCACACCCGAGGUACUGCAGACGGACCAGCCCUUCUACGAUACCUACUAUCCGCCGGACUACAAGAUGCCUCGCCAGAUGAUUCACAUGCAACCUCUUGGCCUGGACACUGAGGUGCCCGACUAUGACAUGGACAAAGCGGACAUGGAAUGGCUUAGCCAGCAGGAGCGCCUGGAGCUGACGGAGCUGAAGUUUGAACAAUUGAUGGAUUUGCUGGAGAAGAGCUCGGGUCAAACGGUCGUCACCCUCAACGAGGCCAAGUCUCUGCUCAAUCAGGAUGACGAGACGAGCAUAUCCCUCUACGAUUACUGGCUCAACAAGCGCCUCAAGAUGCAACAUCCGCUGAUACUCACUGUGAAGACAGAGAGUCGUCCUGGUGCCAGCUCCAACAAUCCGUAUUUGGCCUUUCGUCGGCGCACCGAGAAAAUGCAAACGCGCAAGAAUCGCAAGAACGACGAGGCCUCCUACGAGAAGAUGCUCAAGCUGCGACGCGACCUGCAGCGUGCCACAACUAUACUGGAGAUGGUGCGGCGACGCGAGGAGACGAAGCGCGAACAACUCAAGACGACGGUGAAUAUCUUUGAGAAGCGCGUCGAGUUGCGCGACUUCAACGGUGCUGUCUACUCCGAGCUGAAUGCUCAAUACAAGAGCACGAGACCCGCGUAUAAUUCAUUGUAUACGAAUCAAUACUCACAAGGGGCGGCGGCGGCGGUUGGAACGGCUGGCGCCAUUCUGGCUGCCCUGCCCCCGGGUCUGCUGGCAAGUGGCGGAGCAGCGGGCAACACGAAUGUGUAUGCCUCGCCGUCGCAGUACCUGAACACGUCGACAAUGGACACCAUCCACUCUGGCAGCGGCAACGGCAACGGCAACGGCAGCAGCAGUCGCAAGGAGAAGCGUCCCUACAAGAAGCGCAAACACAAACUUCCCCGCGACAAGCAGCAGAACCAGCACCAACAACUGCAACAACAACAACAGCAGCAGCAGACUCAACAGUAUUUGCCCGGACAGUCGUCAGGAUCUGGAGCCUCGCCUGCCCACCAUUUGCCCCACCAUCUGCACAACCUCAGCAGGCAGCAGAGUGCCUCGCCGGCGGCAAACGAUUCGAUUCUGGACAGCGAGGAUGAUGACUACCUAAACGGUGGCCUCAAUGGCAACCAACUGGGCUCCGAGAGCGAGGAUGAGGCGCCGUUUGCAUUUAGACGGAAGCCGAGCUGUAUUUACCUGCCCACACGGCACCGAAAUGGACGCUGGCCCUAUGACUCGGCGGAUGAGGAGACGGAAACGAGCAGAUCGACGGGACCAUAUUCGGAUCCCAAAUAUCGCUACACGCUGACCUCCAUCAACUAUCCCAGCCCGCGUUGCAUUGGCUUCGCCCGACGUCGUGUGGGCCGCGGCGGAAGGAUCCUGCUCGAUCGGGCCACAACGAACUUUGACGAUGUCUGGUCGCAGUUGGACUACACGGUCAUGGAGAGUGUCGUCAAGAGCAACAACGCGCAAAGGAGAAACAACCAACUACCGAAGCCGGAGCUGCUUCCGCUGGCCAAGCCCUGCUCCCCGCCGACUGUUGUGGACCUUGUUGUUGUGCCCACAUCCAAACACAUUGACAGCGUUGAUGCGACGUCGCUGCCGCCCGACGCCAUUGUCAAAUCGGAGCCCACCAGUCAUUCGGUGGAUAAGCCGAUUGCCGGCGGAUCGGUGGGUGAUUCAUUGCUGCCCCUCCCGCUAGACAAAGAGGUGGACGCUGAGGUGCUCGAUCUGGACGGGGAGGAAGAUGACCUGGUUACCGAUGACGAGAAUGUCUCACGGCUGAGUUUCUAUAGUUCGGCGGUAACGUUGUCCCAGAGCUCGCACGACAUGCGCCUGAAACGGCGUCGCCUGCGGCACAAGAAGCAGCAGAUGCGGGAGCUCAAUGCGGCCAAGCGACUGAAGAGGUCGUCGGAUGCAGCAGCAACUGGAGGAACUGGUGGAGAGCCAGCAGCAAGUGGGGAGGAAGGUCCUUUCACUGCUCCGUUGUGUCCUUUGCCCCGGGCGUAUCUGCAGCGUCUGGUGCUGGCCUUGGGACAGAAACUCAAGCAGGAGGAGGCGAUGGAAGUUUGCGAGAAUCUGGCUCCGCAAGAGGAGAAGAGCAGUGCUGCAGAGGAGCUCCAGCAGCCUGCUCCUCCUCGAGCCAAUAAUCAGCACCACCACCGUUCCAACAACAACAACAACAACACCGUGUUGAACAACAUCAACAACAACAACAAAAACAACAACAACAACAAUAGCAGUAGUAGUAGUAGUAAUAUGAAUAAGGACGUUAGCAUAAGCGAAAAAAUCAAUGUGAUAAAGCUGGAGGCAGAGGGGAACGAGGACGUUGGGCGAGAGGAGCAGCCGGUAGCCUCCACGUCAGCGGCAGCGGCAGCAGCACGAGCCGUUGAAGCAGCCGCUGCAGCGGAAGCAGCAUCAUCAGCAGCUGGAAUAUCCAUGCUCGGACCUUCCAUGGAGGAUGUGGCCAAGACGAUAAAGCGGGAGCUAAUCGAUGCCGACGACUCCAAUGAGCCGCUGAGCAUCAUCCGCACGGCGACGGUGGCUGCGACUGUACUCCAGGCCAGCCCCGAUCCCGAACUGAUGGACGACGAGGCCGAGGACGAUGUCAAUCUCGCCCAGCUGAGCAGCAUCAUCCGUCACACGGCUGUCAAGAAGGAGCUGGAGGCGCAGCAGCAGCAUCAGCAACAGCAGCAGCUGCAGCAGCGGGAGCAGAGGGGAUACGGAUACCCGCAGGAGCUGAAGGAGGAGACCGUCUGCUUGAACCAGCUGCCCGAUGUGAUUCGGUUGCAGAAUCUGCGAAACGCCCAAACGUGCUCGAAGCCCAGGGACCUGUAUAUAGAUGCCACGGCAGAGGACAUGGACGUGGACUACCUGGGCGGACUCUCGCCCACCUCCAGUCAGCGUCUGGACAUUUGCAACGAACUCCUCUCCGAGAUCCGACGCGACUGGCUGCACUUUCGUCCAAAGACGCCUACGGACGAGCUCUCCGAUAGCAACGAUGGUGAGGGCAAGCCCUGCGGCGACUCUGGUGUCCAUGCGGUGGACUGGACCCAGGAUACGCCCAUCAGCGUGGAGCUGAAUCGUCUUGGAAAGCAGGAGGAAAUCGAGAGCGACACCAGCUCUUAUUUCCUGAGCAAUGCCUUCAAGUACACGGAUCUGGACUCUGAUGCCCAGCUCAUUCAGACGGCCUACGCCCAGGACUAUGCCCGAGGCACCAGCAAGAGUCCGAACUGCUCGGGAUCUGGCUCUGGUUCGGGGUCCGCCCUGGAGUUCAACUUGAGCGCCGGCGACUCGCUUAACGACAUCAACAAUCUGCUCGGCGACGACGAGGACGACAACCACGAGCACAUGCUGGACAACAUUCUGCAGGAGUGCGGCAUGGACGAUCCGAAGGCACUCAAUCAGGCCACCAGCUUCUGGAACGGCAUCCUCGAUGGCGAGGCGGCUGUGGACGAGGUCGAGAUUGCCGAUCAGCUCCUCGACUGCAUCGACGAAAAGAAGCCCAAGGUGGGCGGAGAGGCGUCCAAGCGCGCCGGGCGACUUCGCAAGCCGAGGCCAGUGAAUGUCCCUGUGGGCAGCUCGUUGUUUACGGUCUGUCCCACGCAAGAGUCGCUCAAGAAUCGCGAGGUGUUCUUCAGCCAGGAGGUGGUGACGCCCAAAGAGGAGCCACAGCCAGCGACAGAAACAGAGACAGCUCCCGUUCCGGCAACAACGACAACGACAACGGCGGCAACGACGACGGCAGACACCCUGGAGCCUGUGAAGGUGGAACCAGCGGUAGAGACACCACAGCCUGAGGUGGUGGUAUCCCCAGCCCAGUCCCAGCCCACGCAACCGCCACCGCCACAGUCGCAGUCGCAGCCGCAAUCACAAUCGAUGCCACAGCCAAUUUUGGCCACUCCCACGCCGCAGAUCAUCAACAUACCCGCCCAGAUAAUACCCCAGAAGCCGCAGAUGGCGCAAAUACAGCCGCAGACGCAGCAGCUCCAGCUUCAAUCGCAGACACAGGCGCAGGUCCAGGCACAGACAGCGCCCCAGCAGGUGACGCAGUUGCUCAACCAGUUCGCCAAUGCCAGUCCGCAGAUCAUUGCCAGGACGGAAUACGGAGGAGGAGCGGCCGUCGGGGACAUUGUGACGAUCACACCGCACACGGGAAGCAGUCCCCUGCCCACCCUAUCCGCCCAACAGCAGCUGCAGCACCAGUUGGCGCAGGCCCAGCUCCGCAACGUGACCGUUCAACAGCGCCAGGGCACGCCCCAACAAGUGCAAGUGCAACAGCAGCAGCAACAGCCCACCCAGCAGUUGCUCUUCCAGAUGCAGCGGGACGGGAUCGGCUCGCCGGUGAUCACCACACAGAGCAUCGUCACCUCCUCGCGCUCCUUGACACCCCUCAAUGCAGCCGGCGCUGGCGCCGCUGGCAAUCACAUGAUCUAUACCACCGGCAGCGGCGAGAUCAUCACGGCAGCAGCAGCGGCUGCCGCCCAGAAGGUCACCUACGCCAUACAGAAGUCAAGUGGCGCCGGCGGAGGAGCCACCACCACAUCGAUUGGACCCAAUACCGUGAUCACUUUGUCCAAUGUAAAGCUGCAGAGCGACGACAACUGCUCCGCGGGUGGCGCCGGCUCUGGGUCCAGUGUGAACAUCAUCAACACGGCCAGUGGCCAGCAGCUGGCCGUGCACAGCAUAGCCGGGAUGCAGCAACAGCACCACCAUCAGCAGCAGCAGCAGCAGGGUACCACCACAACGCCCCUGAUCGUCACGACGCCCACCCGCAACAAUGUCGUCCAACAGCAUUCGCAACAGCAGCUGGUGCAGCAGCAGCCGAUUGUGUGGCGCCAGGUGAGCGGAACGAACACGGCGGUGGCCACCACGGCGGUGCUCUCGACGACGGCCGACACCUCGCCAGCGGCGGUGGGCAACAAGAUACUCUGGACUAGCCGUGGCACCCAGAAGCGACAGCUCAACGGGCCCGAGAACACAGACAUCAACAAGCUGCUGCUGAAUCGGAAGUUCUCGCAGAGGAAGGUGAUUGGCCAGCAUCCGGGAGGAGGGCAGCAGAUUCAGCAGCAGGCGCAGCAGCAGAUCCAGCUGACCAAGCAACAGCUGCAACAGUUGGUGCAGCACGAGGAUGAUCUGGUGACGGCCACGACGACGAUCAACAGCGGCGACCAGAUGGACACUGGCGAGUCCCUGCAACAGCAGCACCACCAGCAUCAGCAGUUGCAGAAGCUCAGCAAGGUGAUCAAGAUGUCGCCAUUCCCCCUGCUCGUCUCGGAUCUCAAUCUUCAGCAGCAGCCGCAGCAACAACAGCAGCAGUCUGGGCAGCACACUGGCCAGUCCCAGCAGCAGCAGCAGCUGAAGCCCAACUCGGCGGCUGCGAUAGCGGCCAACCACAACUACAGCCUGCAGCCGGCGACGGCCAUCAUCAGCUCACAGGCGGCGCCCCAGCAGGCCAACAAGAUCUUCCUCACCAGCAGCAACAGUGGCGGCGGCGGCACUUUCACCAACUUCACGGCCAGCGAACUGCAGGCGGCGGCUGCGGCGGUGGCGGCCAGCAAUGCCGGUGGCCAGAAGCUGCACUACAAGGAGCUCACCAACUCCAAUCUCAAGCUGAACUUUGUGAGCAGCACGGGCGAGUCGCUGGCCAGCCAGGCACCCCAACAGGUGGGCGCCACCACGGUGGUGCUAAACAAAGCCCAGCAGCAGCAGGUACACCACCAGAAGCUCAAGACGGUGGCCGCGGCCAACGCCCAGCAGGUGCAGCAGGGCGACAAGCGAGUCCUCUACACCAGCCUGCUCAAUGUGAAGCCGCUGCAAAAGAACAACAGCGGCCAGAUGCAGAUGCAGCUGGGGCCGGGCGGACUUCAGCAGGUGCUGCGCGGGCGCGUCAACUCGUCGAUCAUCACGAGAACCCUGCCCCUGGGCACCACCGUCAACAGCUCGGCCGGUGGCGGUGCUGGCGGAGCACCCGCCACCAUCAGACAACUGGUUACCACCAAUACGAACAAUGUGGGCUCGUCGGACGGAGCUCUGCUCAGCGCCAAGGAUGUGGGCAAGAGCCUCACCGUGGAGCAGGUGAUGGUCAGUGCCAACAAUGGCGGAGUGGUGAUGCCCACCAGCAACAACAAUAACAACAAUGGGAGUGGUACAGGCGGCGGCGGAGGAGGUGGGAGCGGUGCUGGAGGCGUCGGUGGCGGUGUGACCGUGACUACAUCGAGCAAUGUUAACGUGUCCGGAGCCGGGGGAGCCGGAGUCACGUCCACCAUCAACAGAUGAGACGCGGAUAGCAGCAGCUAACAUCUAAUGCAAAAUGUUUUCUCCGUCAAUCUGCCCGGCGGCACCUCGCUGGGACUGGGAAUGGGAAUGGGACUGGGUCUGGCCCAGGAGCAGACCGAGUUCCUGCUGACGCCGAUGGGCGCGGCCCAGAGUCCGCUGAUGGUGGCCCUGGGCCAGCUCCUGCAGCCGUCCUGCUGCUGUGCCCUCUGUCUGGUCAAUCUAGGCCAGCCGGCGUCGCAUCUGGGCUAAAUGCUACUACUACGCCCUAUAUACAUAUACUGUAGUUUAAAUGUAGAAUUUCAUAUGCAUACAACCCGCGCACACACAUGCCGCCAGCCUUGAAAAAUUGAUUAGAACCCUAAACGAUAAUCAGAUGGAACUUAUUCCAAAUUCUGUAACAUAGCUAGGCGGGAAGCUCUCCAAAGCCAAAGGGGAAGGGCCAAGCAGAAUGGGAAGAAGAGAGUGUAUAAACGAAAGCCACCAAUAACAAAGUUUGCUUAAUUUGAUUUUAUUUAUAUAUAUAUAUAUAGACAUAUAUAUAUAGAGAGAGACAUGUGUGUGUAUAACGAUUUAGGUCUUAUUUUUCAAGAUCGCCUAACCCUAAACCAUAUUUAGAAUUACACAAAUAAAAGCGAUAUAUAUAUGUAUAUGUAUAUGUGUAUGUGUAUGAUGUAUAUGCACAAGCAUAUGAGAAGCACGAAUCGAGAACUUGGCUCUUUCUGCGAGGCUGGAGAUUUCCCUAGACACCCCCGCCCCUGCUCCAGGCAACAACUCUGCAAACAACUCAUGUGUUAAAUAGCAAACUGUAAAUAUUCGAUUGUAAAACACACACCACCACCCACAAAACACACAAAAAAGAAAAGUAGCAGCAGCAAGAUCUAUAAUAGUAAUUAUGAAACUAUAUAUUUAGUGAUACGAUACGAAUAGUUGUACGAACGAUGGAGAGGCCGCCGCCUCUCAGGCUAACGCCGUUUCAGAAUCACGCGCUUUAUCUGGGCUGCUGUUCGAUGGGGCCCUACGG